GCCGCUGGCUCGAGCUCCAUCUUGACUGAGUCAUCACGAUGCCUGAACCCAGCAAGUCAGCGGCCAAGAAGGGCUCGAAGAAGGCGGUGACCAAGACCGCCGGCAAGGGCGGCAAGAAGAGGAGAAAGACCCGCAAGGAGAGCUACGCCAUCUACGUGUACAAGGUGCUGAAGCAGGUGCACCCUGACACCGGCAUCUCCUCCAAGGCCAUGGGCAUCAUGAACUCGUUCGUGAGCGACAUCUUCGAGCGCAUCGCCGGCGAGGCCUCCCGCCUGGCGCACUACAACAAGCGCUCCACCAUCACCUCCAGGGAGAUCCAGACCGCCGUGCGCCUGCUGCUGCCCGGCGAGCUGGCCAAACACGCCGUGUCCGAGGGCACCAAGGCCGUGACCAAGUACACCAGCUCCAAGUAAACUGCUCCAGACAACAACAACACAACGGCUCUUUUAAGAGCCACACACCCGAUCUGAGAGAAAACCUCCCAAUGAUCCAUCAUCCGAAACAGACCGAGUCCGAUCAGUGAUCUGGAGAUGAACUAUUGUUCAGAUAUGAACCUGGUGUCAGGUCACAACAAUCUGAUCCAAAUGCAUCCUCAUCUUUAAUCACAAGUGAUGAAAUCUGAUAAAUACCGGGUCAUAAAACAAGAGUCUUUACUGAAUGGAGAUCUUAGAACUGAUUCUCGUUUCUGCAUUGAAAUAAAUGUAAUAUUUGCUUGA